AUGCCGGAAUCUCGUGGAAUAGAACCCAUCCAAUCCUUUUUAUACCAUGAAAUAAAUGAUGCCGGAUGUAGUAAAUACGAAUUUUCAGUCAUAAGCGGUGAUCAAAUCAUCACCGGAUUGGACGCCCGGCGAAACGGGAGUGUUGCUUGGGACAUAGUCGGCAAGUACAGCACCGAAGUCUGGGGGCAAGAAGCUGUGAGGGUCGUCAAGAACCACCCUGCGGACGAACCGCUCUUCUUGUACUUCGCCCAUAAUGCCGCCCACGCUUCCAAUAGGGGACGCUUGCUGGAAGCUCCUCAAGGAAGGGUUAACGCCUUCAAGUAUAUAGUUGACCCGAAUAGGAGAACGUUUGCAGCUAUGGUUUCUAAAAUGGACGACACGGUUGGUGAAUUGGUUGAAGCAUUGAAAGAAAAAGAUAUGCUGGAUAACACCAUCAUCCUGUUCUUCUCUGACAACGGUGCUCCAACCUUUAAUGCAGAUUUUCCCAACUGGGGAUCAAACUGGCCAUUCAGAGGUGCAAAAGAGACUUUGUGGGAAGGCGGAGUACGGUCCCCUAGCUUCAUCUGGUCUGCAGCACUCCAAGAGAACCCUCGGGUCUCCAACAGCUUCAUCCACAUCACCGACUGGCUUCCGACAUUGUAUUCGGCAGCAGGUGGAGACAGACUGUUCUUGCCCAAAGACCUUGAUGGCGUCGACCAGUGGAGAACCAUCUUCUGGGACUUGGCGUCUCCAAGAGACCAAGCUCUUCUCAACAUCAAUGAGAGGGAGAGGUCUGCAGGAAUAAUAUCCAGGCAUUGGGAGGAUCAGCUAGGAGCUUCUAUUUAA